GCCUUAAACUUUUGGUCAAUCCAAACUCAAUUCAAAAGCAAACAAAACCAAACUCUACCUUCCCAAAAGACCCCGAGACUCACUCACACAGACACUGAGAUUCACAUUCACUGAGUCACUGUGUGUGACUCAGUCCUAUGAUCUCUCUCACCAUGAAGAAGAAGAAGACUACCACCACAACUCAAACUCACAAACCCACAAAACCCAUUUCCCAAAUCACCUUCCUAGUCCUCCUCUCACUUCUUUCUUGUGUAAAUUCAUUACGAGUCAAACCUCCACCACCUCUUCCCAUUUUGCCCCUCCCUUCAGCUCGACAGCUCCAAUGGCAACUAGGCAACAUGGCCCUCUUCCUCCACUUCGGUCCCAACACCUUCACAGACUCCGAGUGGGGCACAGGCGAUGCUGACCCUUCUGUCUUCAACCCCACAAACUUUGACCCGACUCAGUGGGUCCGAGUCGCCAAAGACUCGGGCUUUUCACGCGUUAUACUCACGACUAAGCACCACGAUGGGUUCUGCCUUUGGCCUUCGGAGUACACUGAUUACUCCGUGAAGUCCAGCCCGUGGAGAAAUGGGAGUGGUAAUGUUGUUGCGGAGCUAGCUAAUGCUGCUAGGGACGCAGGCAUUGGAUUGGGACUUUAUCUUUCGCCGUGGGAUCGACACGACGUGUCGUAUGGCAAGACUUUGGAGUAUAAUGAGUUCUACAUGGGCCAGAUGACCGAGUUGCUCACAGGGUAUGGAGAGAUCAAGGAGGUAUGGUUGGAUGGUGCAAAAGGGGAAGGAGAGAAGGACAUGGAGUAUUUCUUUGACAGUUGGUUUAGUCUCAUUCAUCAGCUCCAGCCUGGGGCUGUCAUUUUUUCUGAUGCUGGUCCAGACACCAGGUGGAUUGGGGAUGAGGCUGGUGUUGCUGAGUCUACUUGCUGGUCUCUUUUCAACCGGAGUAAUGCCCAGAUUGGUGGCACUGAUACUCAAUAUUCAAGGGGUGGAGAUCCAGUCGGUAGUGACUGGGUACCUGCUGAGUGUGAUGUCUCAAUCAGGCCUGGUUGGUUUUGGCAUGCAUCGGAAGCUCCAAAAUCUGCAAGAAAUCUUCUUGACAUAUACUACAAAUCAAUUGGCAGAAACUGUCUGCUGUUACUAAAUGUGCCCCCAAACUCUUCGGGUCUUAUAUCAGCUGAAGACAUAACAGUGCUUCAAGAAUUCAGUGAGCUCCGAAGGUCCAUAUUCUCCUAUAAUCUGGCUAUCAAUGCUUUUGUUAAUGCCAGCAGUACACGAGGAGGCAUUUAUGAUUCUCGUUUUGACCCCCACAAUGUCCUGAAAGAAAAUAUUUACACCUAUUGGGCCCCUGAGGAGAAUCAAAUUGAUUGGGUCUUAUAUUUAAACCUUCAAGAAUUAGUGUCUUUCAAUGUUCUGCAAGUUCAAGAACCAAUUCACAUGGGACAGCGGGUUAUUGAAUUUCACCUUGAGAUCUUGAACAAAAAUGGGAAAUGGAAGAAUGUGAUCAAUGGCACUACAGUUGGAUAUCAGAGGCUGUUGCAGUUUCCAACUGUAAAAUCUCAGUACUUGAGGUUUGUCAUCAACAAGUCGCGGGCAGAUCCGCUCAUUUCUUAUUUUGGAAUUUAUAUGGAUCAAGUAUCCAUAGUGAGUAACAACAUAUCUGACACAAGCUCAAGAACACAUUUCAAUAGCAGUCAAAUACUUCGGCAAAUGACAUACAACCAUUCUCAGAUUGAUAGUCUAUAGAAUUUGAAAUUUUCUGGUGCAUAAUUGUAUGUGUGAUUGUUUAAUUAUUAUGAUAUUCAUUCUUUAAAGAUUUCUCAUAUGCAAAAUUACAGCUUUCAAAUUGAUACA